CAUUAUAAACCGCAUUGACGAGUUACAUCCACUAGCAACUUGUUCAGCUUUGUCAAAAAAACAUCCUUCAGCACGCAGUGGAAUCUAUUACAUAAAACCCCAACCACACAAAUCAUCAUCGCUGCGAGUAUACUGUGAUAUGUCCUCUAAGUAUGGUGUUGGUGUGACAGUGAUUGGGCACAACAGCGAAUCAAGAACACGUGUGAAAGGAUAUGAACUUGCAGGUCUAUACAAACGAAAGAUCAAAUAUGACGUAUCCAUGGAACAGAUCGUUGCCAUUAUGAAGCAGUCCAAGAAUUGCGAACAGUAUAUAAGAUAUGAAUGUCAUGCUAGUAUGUUGUUCAGUGAUGAUCAUGGUUGGUGGGUAUCACGUCAAGGUUGGAAGAUGAAUUACUGGGGAGGAGCGGCAGUCAACAGUGGAAAAUGUGCAUGUGGAAUGACCAACAGCUGUGCAGGUGGAGGAAAAUGUAAUUGUGACAAGAAUGACCUGAGAUGGCGUGAAGACAGUGGAUAUCUGACUGACAAGAACACACUGCCUGUUACUGAGCUGAGAUUUGGAGAUACCGGUGAUGGAAAUGAGUUCGCAUGGCACACACUGGGAAAAUUGCGAUGUUGGGGUUAGGAAUAAUACAUGAACUGAAACGUUAUCACUUAGUAAAACAUAUGUAAGUAAUAUAGAACACGUCUUUGGUAAAAGUACACAAUCAAAAAUAGUUUAACACAAACGUAGAACUUAAUAUAUGACAUACAAAUGUAGGACAUAACCACCUACAGUAGGACAUAUAUAUUCAUAGUUAGUACUAUGCUUAAUAAUCAAUGUGCAGUUUCUUAUAGCUUUAUAGUUUAUAUAACCUUAAAAAUAGGAAAUCUGUUUCAUGUCUAAGUAGAAUGAAAGAAAAAUAUUGGACUAGAAUCUAAAUUGG